UUACUGGAUGUAGCCGAUCAAGGAGUGGGGUUGGUACCGGAAGGCUAUUUAUCCGAUGGUUACGAAGAUCCAUCGGUCAGUAGUCAUUAAACGAUCGCUGCAAACAACAGCUUGGAAAGAUGUCCGUCGAUCAGAGAUUCGAAGCAGCGGUAGAGACUUUGAAGUCUUUCACCAAACGACCUUCUGACACAGAAUUUUUGGAACUCUAUGGAUUGUACAAACAAAUAACGGCGGGCGAUAUCAACAAGCCUAGACCUGGCAUGAUGGAUUUGAGGGCAAAAGCGAAGUGGGACUCGUGGAAAUCGAGGGAGGGUAUGUCAAAAGACGCCGCGAAAGAAGCAUACGCUAAACACAUUGACACGUUAUCGGCCAAGUAUAAAUAAGACGUACAAUUGUUCUGUCGAUGGUAACAAAGAGGGAAGGCAAACGUUUGGAACGAAAAGUUAAGAGAAAAAAAAAACAUGUAAUAAACCACUACGAAUGAGAAAUGUGUGUUGCGUUUUGAUUACAAAAUGUAGUCGCAUACUUGACGUAAACUACCUGUAUGAGAUUUAUCUCGUGCCGGAAACUGUUUAAAAUAAAAAAAACAUUUACAUUUGUUGUCCAAUCAACAUACAGGGUGACCCGCUUGCUAUCGUGCGUUCACAAGUUGGUGAGCCAAGGACACGGUUCUCACUCUGUUCCACCUCUCCUGACACCAUGUGCUGUGUUGUCAUUGGCUGCGGCCAGUGACAAGAGACGACGGCGAGCAUACCGGGACAGAGUGAGACGAAUUGAUUUCACAGCAUUGGCGUGGCUAAUCAUUCUCGGGUUUUCGUUAUCUUUGUAAGUGUUUAUACGACUGUAAUAGUCGGCACUUUGAUUAGGAGGCUACGCCGAUGCUGUAAAGUCGUCAUUCUGUUUCAUUCUGUCUCGGUAUGUUGGCGGUCGUCCUUUGUCACUGGCCAUAGCCAAUAACGACGUAGCACAUGAUAGCAGGAGAGGGGGACAGAGUGAGAAAGAAAAUGAGUUUGCCUCGCCAACUUGUGAACGCACGAUAGUAUACACGGUGUCCUAAAAAUGUUGUAACACAUUGAAAGGGUUGGUUCGGGAGGUGAUUUGAAACAACUUUUUCCUUAGCGAAAAUGUUGUCCGAGGCUUUGUUGAGGAGAUAUUAAGAGAAAACACCGACCAAUCAGAGCGCGCGUAUACCGGUGGAGCGUAGGCUUACGCGCUAGGCGGGUAACGGCAUCCUCGCACUCUGAUUGGUCAGUGUUUUCCGUUAAUAUCUCCUCAACGAAGCCUCGGACAACAUUUUCGCUAAGGAAAAAGUUGUUUCAAAUCACCUCCGGAACCACCCCUUUCAAGGUGUUACAACAUUUUUGGGACACCCUGCACACAAUGGACAACCACACAAUAGCUGACCGUCACUGUAAACUUUAUGACGGUGACCUCCGCAGCAAAAGCAUGGGUGACCGUCAUAAAGUCUCCAAUGACGGUCGGCUAUUGUUGUGGUUGUCCAUUGUGUCUACUAGCGAGCGGAUCAACCUGUAGUACUUCCUAAAAUCUUAUAAGAGAAACGUGACAUAAGAAUUGUUUCUGAUAGCAUUAAAAAACUAAUGUUUAAUUCACAUUUGCUACAAGUAUGAAUAAAAAACAUUCAUGAAUGCCUAAUUUAUUAAGUUUUUAUUCGUAUACGAUCAAGAGCAAUCAGCAGUAAUCAUGUCAAUAAAAUUCUUAUCUUCGUUAAUUUUGUACUCGAAAGAACCGAGAUCUUACAAUUCGAAACGAGAUGAGACAUAAAUAUUCGGGAUGAGACGAGAUGUCGAAAAAUUUCUUUCGACUUUUUACUAUCGUGCAAAUUAUGGAAAAAAAAAGGAUAAAUUAUAGUUGUUAGUUUAAUAUGUCUACUACUUUGUAUAAAAACAUUGACAUUUUACAAUUACCUGUUAUGUGAAAUAAAAAUUCUUUAAAACAAAA